CGCGCAUCUGUAUUCUAUCGUGAUGCUGACAUUGUUAUAUUCGAUUCAUGGCAUUGGUGGGACAAACUAUUUUCAAGAAGGCGAUCAUUUGUACCCAAAAAUGGAAAUUAGAAGCGCAUAUAAGAAAGCGCUCACUACUUGGAGGCGAUGGGUUGACAAGAACAUUAACUCAAACAAAACUCAAGUAGUUUUCAGAGGCCAUUCAGUUAGUCAUUUUCGUAGAGAUGGAAAAUGCAAUAGAGAGGCGGUACCGAUCAUGAGCAAUGAAACAUACAGAGAGAAGAAUCCUCCACGGGUGAAAAUACUAGAAGAAACAUUACGACGAAUGAAAACUCCUGUUAUAUAUCUGAAUGUUACUAAACAAACUUAUUACCGAGCAGACGCACAUCCUGCACUGUAUACAAGGUUUUAUAAUGGAAGUAUUGUUAACGAGGCGAUGAAACAGGGUUGCGGACAUUGGUGCUUACCUGGUGUACCGGAUACAUGGAAUGAGUUGUUGUAUAUUUCUUUCUUGAAGGCUGGCAAAGGAUCUUUUGCCGGGUGA